CGCCUCUGGUUCAAAGCGAAGAUAUUUGGACUAUAACUCCCAGCGGCCGUGCAAGCGCCCAUAACUAAGUCGAAGAGUGGCUGCUUGGAGGAAAGGGGAUUCGGCACCUUACAGAAAGUCAUGCCAGGCUCUCUGCCCGAAUGCCCCAUUAUGGCAGAAGGCGAUUGGACCUCUGAUGUUCUGGAUCGGUUCAUUAGCAUUCCUGAGCAGUCGUACGAGCAGUUCCUUGGCACUUUUAGUCAUCUUCCUAAAGAGAGACGGGAGUUGCAGUUCGGACCUGUUUCAGUGCCAGAACAGCAGCGCACCUGGGAGAGGGCGAGAACAAAGGAUAAGGAGGAAGAUGGAAAUAAAGACAGUACUGCUAAAGAAUCAGAGCAGGUACAGACAAAGGUUGAUAAUUACUUGGAUCCCUCCCCUUAUGAAACAGAUAAUGGAGAUGUUACAUGUUCUGGUUUUGAGUUGCUUCCCGGUGAGGCAGAGAGCGAGGGGCCUUCCUACAUUCCGUCUUGGUGCCGAUCCACUCGCUUGGACUUCCGUACCCUUCCCUCCUGCCAGGAAACUGCUUCUACUGUGGAGCAGACAGAGGAAGUGCAGCCUUUUGCGCUGGAGGAGGGGUUUGAUUAUGACCACGUAGCUCUGACGCCCAAGUUUUCUGUGUCUGAACUGAAAUACCUCGAAAUGGAAAGACACGGGAAGAUCGGCGAGGAAGAAAGCACGGAACAGACCGAAAUUUAGGGGAAAACAGAAACGUGAAUUCAUUUUUAUAUUUAAUUAUCCGUUGUAAAUAAAUAGGCAUAAAGUCACACUAUGUUUUGUAAUGAAUAUGUCAAAACCAACUCAGAACUUAUGUUUUCUAGAAAAUAAAAAUCCAUUAAUA